AUGCCAGCAAUGCCCGCAACAUCCACUGCCGCCGGCCGGAGAGUCCGCCGACAGAACCCGACUGUGCGGCCGUCCGGAACUUGGGCAUCGACAGCACCCGCAUCCCGAUUCAAGCCCAUGACGAUUCGCGUGGUGACAUCCGAGGACGAGGCCAGCAGCAGCAGCAGCGACGAGAGCAACCAUUCGGAUCACGAUGUCGACAUGGACGGCUUCGACGACGACGACGUCUUCAUGCCCGCUGUUCAAGCCACGGCCACGGCCGUGCCGGUCAAGACACAACGGGCACAGGCUGCGAGGACGGUCCGGAAGACGGCCAAGCCGGCGUUGUCAGCGGCGACAGCGUCGACAACAACAGCCAGCAAGAGCCGCCAGGACGAUGCCUUUCCGCCAGCAUUGGUUGCCUUGGCUGCCGGCGUCAAUCCCAAAGAGGACGACGUCAAGCGGCAGUGCGGGUCGGUCAGCACAAGGGUUGGAGCGGGAGUGGGAGACGACUAA